CAUUAAUCCUUUUUAUGUGUUUCUCUAAGACGAGAGUACACACUUUUUUUUUGUUUUGAAAGAUCUGCUUGGUCUUUAUUUGAGAGUUGAGUAAUAUGGGUGCCAUGGCUCUUAUAGAAAGCUUGAUGGAAGCAGCAACUGUUCGGCGGACCAAGAAGCUUAAGCAGUUUCAGACGGUAGAGUUGAGAGUACUUAUGGACUGCGAGGGGUGCGAAAGAAAAGUGAGGAAGUCGCUAGCAAAUAUGAAAGGCGUGAGAUCCUUGGAAGUGGAUCGAAAGCAAUUCAAAGUAACGGUGACGGGGUACGUGGAUGCGAACAAGGUGUUGAAGAGGGUGAGAAGAAGGACGGGGAAAAAAGCAGAGAUGUGGCCAUACAAGCCCUACAAUCUGGUUUACUAUCCAUAUGCUGCUCAGGUCUACGAUAAGAAAGCUCCUGCUGGUUAUGUGAGGAACGUGGACCCCACCUUUCCCAAUCCGCAGAGAACUGACGAAAGAUACACCUCCCUCUUCAGCGACGACAAUCCGAACGCUUGUUCAAUUAUGUAGACUCCAUUCUCUCCUCUCUUAUAUUCAACUAUGUAUAUAACAAAUAUUGUAUAGUAUUACUGGUCCAAUUCAAUUCAUUGUUUUCAAUUCGCUACUCUGUUCCUGCUAUAUAAUAACAGGGAAACAACAGUUAGUAUGAAUGAUGUACAUAUGCUGUACGGUUAUAGAAAAAUAUACUUUUAAAAAAAUAAGUGAAAUGGAUCUGUUUCCUGCGGAAGAGCUAAGAAGCGGAUGAAGCAAAAAAAACAUGGACAACAGGAUGGAAGUGGCAAGUGGCUCCUGCCAAGCUUUGUAAAGUCCGAUUUGUUUUGGUGGGGUAGAGCGCCAGUUUAGUAGGAUUUGCCAUUGUAUACGCAACCAGUGAAGUACGUUGUAUGAAGAGAUUGUAUCAGUUUUGGAAAGAUUGUGUAACGAAUAAUACACGAUGUUUUCUCUACAAUGAAAUAUAAACACUUUCUUGUCGAA